GGGAGGUGCUCGGGAGAGGGGAUGCUAAGGGCGUUCCUGGGUUGCCUCAGAGGGGUCGGUCGGUCGUCGGAACGUCGGCCGCGGGGAGGGGUGUUCUUUGGAGGGACGGUGGCCGGGAGACGUUAUGGUGUGCCUGUGGAAGGGGGAGGUGCGAGGAGGAGGAGGCCGAGAAAGGAGCACGGGCGCCCUUUCCGGGUUAAUGACGGGACACCGACCGACCGCUCUGGAGGGCUGUCAGGGUGGUUUGCCAAGAGAGUUUGUUAAGGCAGCCCGGAAUGGUGGCGCCCAGGUUUUGGUAUUGUUGCGACCCCUGUAUCACUAAAGCACCACGUUUGGCUCCAGAGGGAGGGGUCGAGGGUAUGACGCAACUUGUGUAUCAGACAACCAACCAAACCAAACGAACGUUUAAAGCCAGCUUGUGUGUCUCGGGCUGAAGUCCUUCCUGUCAGCUCUUAGGGAAAAGGCUCUUUCCUUGCAAGACCACUGCACCGCUUCCGGAUUAUGGUCUCUCUGUUGUGGGCCUACCACACGGCUGGCCCUGCCAUUAAGCACACCGAGGCAUUUCCCCCUCGGGCAGCAGCUCAAAGCUUGCCGACGUCUUUGAUGGAGAGCCCUUCCUGUCCGUACAGGGCGCUUUUAUUUUUGCUUUGAACAGCCAGCCCCUGGGCAGCCCUGGAAGGCUCCUGAGGCUGCACAGGAACCUAUAGGUUCUGAAAAAUCAGCUGGAGAUCUAUGUGGCUUAAGCAUCAUUUCCAGAAGCGGCUCCAGAGCACCUAGCUGGGAAUAUAGAGUAGUUCUGUGCAUGCAAGAUGAAGGUGAUUAAACAUUCUCAGGAGGUGCUGAAGGUAGCCUUGAUUUCUGAGGACGCACAACUUGUGAAGCUGUAUGACGCAUUUCAGCCUAAGGAGAAGCUCUUGCUAAGUGAAGCAUAUCGACCAGACAGUGUUCUCUUUAAGCCCAUCACACUCCACUCUGAGUCAGAUUGGAUCUCCUCACAUCCUGAAUCCACCCAGGAUUUUGCACAGUUUUAUUGUGACCCUCGCAGAAAUAGACCAUCUCCCCAGAAGAAUCGGAUUUAUGUCCAGCCAAUUGGUUCUUUUGGAGAUUCCAGAGUCAGCACAGACAUCUACAUGAAAUGGUUGAAGGAUUACUGUGAAGCCUUUUAUUAUGGCCUGACCGUAAGGAUCUUGAGCCCAGUGCCAGUUUCACAUACGGGUUGUGCUUUUCGAGUAAAUGAGUAUACUCACAAUCUGCAGAUUCAUGCAGGGCACCUCUUGAACUACCUAAAGAAAAAAAAACCAAAGGAUGCUUUUUGCAUUGUGGGAGUCACUAUGAUAGACCUUUACCCAAGAGACUCCUGGAAUUUUGUCUUUGGGCAAGCCUCCUUGACUGAAGGAAUGGGGAUUUUCAGCUUUGCCAGAUACGACAGUGAUUUUUAUAGUGCAAACUACAAAGGCAAGUUGAAGACUACCAAGAAGCUUUCUCCAGCUGAUUAUUCUGUAUUUGAUGGUUACUAUACCCCUGAGCUAAGCAGUAAACUGCUUCUGAGAUCCUGCAAAACCCUGACUCAUGAGAUUGGACACAUCUUUGGGCUUCAUCAUUGCCAGUGGUUGCAGUGUGUUAUGCAGGGGUCUAAUCACUUGGAGGAAGCAGACCGACGGCCACUAGAUCUUUGCCCCAUUUGCCUGCGCAAGCUGCAAUCUGCCCUUGGAUUCAACAUUAUGGAAAGAUACCAGGUGCUACAGAAAUGGAUAGAGGACGGAGUUAACGAAACAGAAGCAGGACUCAGCAAUGAUGGUAGAGCAGCUUUGCAGAAACCAGUGGAAGCAUUUAAAGAAAGCUAUGACUGGAUUGUCAAAUGCCUACAUGUUCUGCAGAAGUAAAAUCUUUGGUUAUGUAGGCAUAUUUAAAAGGCUAACUACUGUUAAGAACAAUGAAGUGUUGUUCAUAUGUUUCAUUACAUUUAAAACUAAACACCUUGUCCUAAAUACCUGCUGCUUUUCUGAGUAGGGUUUUCCUUUGUCCAUAACUGGUGGUUACAUGGUGGAGCUGUGGGUUAAACUGCAGAAGCCUCUGUGCUGCAGGGUCAGAAGACCAACAGUCAUAAGAUC